AUGGCGGACAAGGUCGAGAAUGCCAAUGCCGCCAUGGCAAAGCUCCAGCUCGACGAGGAGACGGGAGAGAUGGUCUCCAAGGGAGAGCUGAAGAAGAGGAUGCAGAAGAGGGCAAAGAAGGCUGCGAAGGAAGCCCAUGCCAAGGAUGCACCGGCCAAGGGAGGCUUUGAUGGGGCAGCAAAGAAGGCCCCGCCAAAGCCCAAGGAGAAGCAGGAGGAAGUCAUCGACACCGACGCCAUGUUCAAGCAGGGCUUCCUUGCUGAGGUCUUCGACAAGAGGCCCAUGAAGCCGGUCUUCACGCGUUUCCCUCCCGAGCCAAACGGGUUCUUGCACAUUGGCCACGCGAAAGCAAUUGCAGUCAACUUUGGCUUCGCAAGGUAUCACGGCGGCGAAUGCUACCUCAGAUACGACGACACCAAUCCCGAGGCAGAAGACGAGAUCUACUUCACUGCUAUUCUGGACACCAUUCGGUGGCUCGGUUUCAAACCUUACAAGAUAACCUACUCCAGCGACAACUUCCAGAAGCUAUACGACCUCGCGGAGAAACUCAUAGGGCUCGGCAAGGCAUAUGUAUGCCACUGUGACGACGCGGAACUCAAGCUUCAGCGUGGCGGCGAGAAGGGGGAGAGCCCUCGUUAUCGAUGCAAAGAUGCGGAGCAGUCGGUGGAAGAGAACCUCCAGAAGUUCAGAGAUAUGAGGGAUGGCAAAUACAAACCCAGGGAAGCCUUCCUCCGCAUGAAGCAGGACAUAACAGACGGCAACCCCCAGAUGUGGGACCUUGCUGCCUAUCGUGUUCUUGACAAGCCUCAUCACCGCACGGGAGACACGUGGAAGAUCUACCCAACAUACGACUUCACACACUGCCUGUGCGAUUCCUUCGAGGGCAUCACUCACUCGCUCUGCACAACCGAGUUCAUCCUGAGCAGGGUAAGCUACGAGUGGCUAAACAAGACCUUGGAGGUCUACGAGCCCCAGCAGCGCGAGUACGGACGGCUCUCUCUGAGCGGCACGGUCCUUUCCAAGCGAAAGAUCUUGAAGCUGGUCGAAGACAAGAUUGUGCGUGGUUGGGACGACCCAAGGCUGUACACACUGAUGGCGAUCAAGCGACGCGGCAUCCCGCCAGCUGCCAUCCUCGAGUUUGUGAACGAGCUCGGUGUCACGACCAACGCCACCGUGAUCCAAAUUGUCCGAUUUGAGCAGUCCAUCAGGAAGUACUUGGAGCGAACAGUCCCCCGGCUGAUGCUGGUUCUCGACCCCAUCCCGGUCGUCAUCGAGGACAUUGGGGAUGAGGAAGGCAAGAAGCUCACGCUGCCCUUCUCGCCAAAGAACCCCGACAUGGGCAGCCACUUUGUCAGGCUCACCAAGACCGUGUACAUCGACCGUUCCGACUUCCGUGAGGUCGACGACCCUAGCUACUUCCGCCUGGCGCCUGGCAAGACCGUUGGCUUGCUUCAGGCCCCCUAUCCCAUCAAGGCCACCUCUUUCACCAAGGACGACGCGACGGGCAAGGUCACGGAGGUGCGUGCCGUCUUCGACCGCGAGACCAAGAAGCCCAAGACGUACAUCCAGUGGGUCGGCACGGACGGCUCCCGCCGCUGCGAGGUCCGCGUGCACAACCAGCUUUUCAAGAGCGACAACCCGAGCGCCGUCGAAGGUGGCUUCCUCACCGACCUCAAUCCUGAGAGCGAGGUGAUCUACCCUGACGCGAUCAUCGAGUCCGGCAUAGACGAGGUCAAGAAGCGGGCGCCCUGGCCUGAGGCGGCGGGCGAGAGUGAGCUGGGCAAGGGAGGGCCCGAGUCUGUCCGUUUCCAGGGAAUGAGAGUUGCUUAUUUCGCUAUGGACGUCGACAGCACAGACGACAAGAUUGUCCUAAACAGGAUUGUGUCGCUGAAGGAGGAUGCUGGUAAGAAAUAG